UUCGGCUUCUCUUUUAAAAAGAAGGCGGGAGUCGCGAGCUUUAUUUCGUCAGUCAGCGCGUCGGGCGGGCGGCAUCAGAAGAGCGCGAUGGUGCGAACUAAAGCCGAUAGCGUCCCCGGAUCCUACAGGAAAGCUGUUGCAGCUUCCGCGCCCCGGAAGUCACUCGGCGCGUCCGGAUCCAUGAACUCGCAGAGCGGCGGCGCGCAAUCGGGCACGCCUGCCAAGAGCAAGUACGCCGGAGGGAAUCCCGUGUGUCCGCGUCCCACUCCGACAUGGCAGAAGGGGAUCGGGGAUUUCUUCGGCGGUCCCAGCCGGAAGCCAGAGAAGGAGAACCUUCAUCCCGCGUCCGAUGACGAGGAGGCGGGCGGCAGCGGCGUGACUAAAGCGCCCAGGAAGUCCAGACCGAUCAUUGACGACGAUGAGGAGGAGGAUGAAUAAUUUCACGAUUUUCAUGUUUCAUUGGCGCAGUUUUUAGUGUACAUCUGUAAAUACUUUUAUUGGAAUUGUUUGGUUCAUUUUGUACAGAAGUUAAAUAAAAUGAAUUUUUCAGA